AUGCUGAAUUUGGUUGUAGUAGCACGUCCGUGCCCGGGUCGUCGAUCGAAAGAGCAACAUGAUUGUGUGUUCCGACCCUUUGACCCAUCUCCUGAUCUCUCUCUGCACGAUCUAAUCAAGUUCCAACUCUCUCAGAUUCUAAGUAGUUUUUCUUUGUUAUUGAUCAAUUCUCGAACUGCUCCAGUUCUAAUGAAAAAGAUGGAUUUAAAGGGAGUUGUUGGGCUUGUGUUUGGAAACGAGAAUUCAAGUUCCAAUGAAGAUAGCUAUGUUGAACGCUUGCUCGAUUGUAUAAGUAAUGGACAGCUGGCUGAUGAUAGAAGAAAUGCUAUGGCAGAGCUUCAAUCUGUUGUUGCAGAAAGUCAUGCUGCCCAGCUGGCUUUUGGAGAAAUGGGCUUUCCUGUACUAUUGGGUGUCUUAAAGGAACGUGAUGAUGUUGAAAUGGUUCGGGGGGCUCUAGAAACUCUUGUGAGUGCCUUAACACCGAUUGCUCAUGCAAAACUGCGUGCAAAUGAGGUUCAGCCAGCUUUGAUGAACACUGACCUUUUAUCAAGAGAUGGGCAAAGCAUUUCUCUUCUUUUAAGCUUGCUUGGAGAGGAUGACUUCUAUAUAAGAUAUUAUACGCUUCAACUUUUGACUGCCCUUUUAACAAGUUCUCCCAUUAGGUUACAGGAAGUCAUUCUUACAAUCCCCCGUGGUAUAACUCGGCUUAUGGAUAUGCUUAUGGAUCGGGAGGUCAUACGGAAUGAGGCCUUGUUACUUCUCACCUACUUGACCCGUGAAGCAGAGGAAAUUCAAAAAAUCUUGGUCUUUGAGGGUGCUUUUGAGAAGAUAUUCAGUAUCAUUAAAGAAGAGGGAGGUUCAGAAGGUGGUGUUGUUGUCCAGGAUUGUCUUGAAUUGUUAAACAAUCUCCUUCGUAACAAUGCAUCAAAUCAGGUGUUGCUGAGGGAGACUAUAGGCUUUGACUCGAUAAUAUCAAUUUUGAAGCUAAGAGGAACCACAUACAGCUUUACUCAGCAAAAGACAAUCAAUCUACUGAGUGGAUUGGAAACAGUUAGUUUGCUGGUGAGUGGAGGUCUGGAAACCGAUCCUGGGAGCAACAAUAAUAGAUUGACAAACAAAACAGUUCUUGUCCAGAGAAAUGUUUUGGAGCAUCUACUAAUGCUAGGUGUUGAAAGUCAAUGGGCACCUGUUGCUGUACGUUGUGCGGCCUUUGAAUGCAUAGGUGAUUUGAUUUCUGGACACCAUAAGAAUCUUGAAGUCCUUGCAAGCAAAUCUCUUGGUGAUGAGCCUGAAAUUGAGCCAGCUCUCAACUCAAUCCUUAGAAUCAUCUUACGAACUUCAAGCAUGCAAGAAUUUAUAGCUGCAGAUUAUGUUUUCAAGAACUUCUGCGAGAAAAAUAGCGAUGGUCAAAAAAUGUUAGCUUCUACUUUAAUCCCUCAGCCCAUGUCAAUCACCAAUGCCAGAUUCGAAGAGGACAUAAACAUGUCCUUUGGAAGCAUGCUAUUGCAUGGGCUUGCCAUGAGUGAACAUGAUGGUGACCUUGAGACAAGUUGCAGAGCUGCUAGUGUUCUUUCUUAUGUAAUGAAGGAUAAUAUUCAAUGCAAGGAAAAAGUUUUACAAAUUGAACUGGAGUCAUCAAUGCCCUCAUUAGGCUCCCCAGAACCACUAUUACACCGUAUGGUAAAAUACUUAGCUCUUGCAUCUUCCAAGAAGGGCAAAGAUGGAAAAUCAACAACUCCAAGAAACUCAUAUUUCCAACCCAUAAUUCUAAAACUUCUUGUGACAUGGCUUUCUGAUUGCCCAAAUGCAGUCCAAUCUUUUCUUGAUUCACGUCCUCAUUUAACAUAUUUAAUCGAGUUAGUAUCAAACAGUGACACAACAGUCUGUGCAAGGGGUUUAGCAGCUGUUGUUUUAGGCGAAUGUGCUAUUUAUAAUAAAAGUAACGAAACCGGAAAAGACGCUUUUGCCAUUGUCGAUGCUAUAAGCCAAAAAGUCGGGUUGACUUCUUACUUUUUGAAGCUUGAUGAGAUGCAAAAAAGCUUCUUGUUUUCGUCUGCAAAGCCAGCUCAGCAACGCGAACCGUUGACCCGUUUGCUGAUUUUAUUAAAAAGUUGGAAGAAAAAAGACGAAAAGGAUGGGGAUUACAUCAAGCGGCUCAAAGCCUUUGUGGAGAAGCAAUGCUCUGAGAUACAGGAUCUUCUGAAUAGAAACUCGACAUUAGCAGAGGAGCUAGCAAGCACGGGUGGAGGUGGUGAGACUAGAUCUAGUGGCGGUGGUGGGGGGUCGGAGAGGGUGCAAAUAGAGACACUGAGAAGGGACCUUCAAGAAGUGUCGCAGAGGCUAGAAAUGGUGAAAAGUGAAAAGUCAAACAUUGAGAGUGAGGCGUUGACUUAUAAAAACAUGGCAGAAAAAAUGGAGACGGAUUUGAAGAGUCUUUCGGAUGCGUAUAACAGCUUGGAACAAGCGAAUUAUCAGUUGGAAAUGAAGAGUGGUGGUGUGAGUGUGAGUGUGGAUAUUGAGAAGAUAAAAGAGGAGGCGAGGGAAGAGGCGCAGAAGGAGAGUGAAGGGGAGCUGAGUGAUUUGCUUGUUUGUCUUGGACAAGAACAGAGUAAAGUGGAGAAAUUGAGUGCCAGGUUGAUGGAGUUGGGUCAGGAUGUUGAUGCUUUGCUCGAAGGUAUUGGGGAUGAUGCAGGAGCACUCAAUGAUGAUGAUGAUGAUGAUGAUGAUGAUGAAGAAGAUGAUUAAUGUUUGUAUGGUUAUUGUUCUGUUGAUUUAAGUAAACAAGAGACUUGUUAUUUUUAUUUUUAUUUUGUGGGUGGAUGUGUACAGAUGAUGUUGGAAAAGUGUAUCACUUUUGUUUAACUUAAUAAAUCAGACUAAAUCUAUCAAACUGUAU